CAUUAUCGUUCCGCUCACAACUCGAUCUUCAUUGACGAGAAGCAAUCAAUUGUUUGCACCGGUUCCAUCCUCUUACGGGCUAAUCGAAUUUCAGUGAUGCUAGAGUAGCAGUUUGAGAUGUUCCUUACGCCGCGUUUGCGCCGUGUUGCAGGGUCCACCGCGUCGCGUUUCUCGAAAGAUCCCAUCUUCACGUCAACGAAGUUUGCCUGCCAUGCCUCUGUUGCCAAAGGGUUGGCGACAUUCACUCUCGUAGUUCGAAACAUAACGCAAGCACCGCAGCCUUCCACCUUGCAUGUAUCCUCUUCGUCCCGGCCAUCAAUACGACGACAGAAAACCAGGAACCGGAAAUCAUUCGUAAACAACGUCAGGUGUAUCAGUGCUGAAGCUCCACAUGAGCCAAUAGCAGGGAGUGAGCCUGGUAUCGACAUUACGGACGAGGAUGCGUGGCCCCAAUGGCGCCAGAAAGUGCAAUCCCAAAUAACCGCUGUGGACUUCUCUAUCGACAGAAUCGAGAAGUACGAGUUGACCAACUCGACACUUGGAGACUUCCUCGCGAAACCUCGUGAAGACUGGGUGACUUGUCGAUGGAUCAACGUCAACGGACUCAGCUGGGAUGUGGUUCGAUUGUUGGGCGAGAAGCAGAAGUUGCACAGUCUAGCCAUCGAGGACCUUCUGCACACACGCAAUCGCACCAAAGCGGAUUGGUACCCAGAGCACGUCUUCGUUCUUCUGACUUUACAGCGCCUCGUUCGGAAGGCGCCAAGCACUGCAGAUGGCGAAUUGCCGAGAACACCGCGGCCCAGACACCUCAGCACAAACAGUCCGGCAUAUCAGGAGAAACAUGUUCCUGCCGAGUAUCGACAAGCAGUCAAAACGUUGCAAGCAUACCGCACUGACGCAGACCCAGAAAGGACACGCUACAUGGAAGAACACUCUACGCUUAAUCCUAAAGGUCUUAUGGUUUCUGUAGAGCAAGUGUCUAUGUUCAUGCAGAGCAACAAUACCUUAUUGUCAUUCUUCGAACACUCCGCGGACGUAAUCGAAGAGCCUAUUCUGAGGCGUCUGCAAUCUUCGGAGACCGUGCUGAGGCAAAGCGGUGAUGCCAGUAUGGUCAUGCAUGCUAUCAUCGAUGGAAUCGUCGAUCUCGCCAUCCCAAUCGCCACAGCUUAUGAAGAUAGCAUAGCAGAACUGGAGUUGGAUGUGCUGGUAGACCCAAGCAUUGCACAUUCGAAAGCACUGUACAUAUUAACUUCCGAGCUCUCCCUCCUCCGCUCCCAAAUUGCUCCAAUUGCAAGCCUAGUAAACGCUCUCCGCCAACACAACUCGAACGCCCUUCUCCAGACAACCGGAUCAUCACAGAACUCUUCUUUAUCCCAUAUCGCCAACUCACCACCACCAUACGCACCAAAAGAUCCGUCCACAGCCUCCAUCACGAUCACGACAUUAGCACACACCUAUUUCAGCGACGUCGAAGACCAUUGCAUCACAGUCACGGAAUCCCUGGAACGCAUGCGCCGCUCAGCAGAUCGCAUGAUCUCGCUCAUUUUCAACACAAUGGGCGCAUAUCAGAAUGAAAGCAUGAAGCAGUUGACCUUUGUCACGAUUCUGUUCUUACCCAUGACAUUCUUGGCGGGCUACUUCGGGAUGAACUUUGAGGAGAUGCCGUCUCUGAAGAAUAGUGACGCGUACUUUUGGUCGCUUUGCAUACCGGUGACUGGUACCAUGGUUCUGAUACUGAUGCGCCAGCGAGUCUGGCGUGGAUUGACGCGUUUCUGGCGACGAAGAGAUGCUGCCAAAUCCCGAAGAGCCAGGGUUUUGAAGGAGCAGAAAUGGUGACGAUCAGGAAAGAACCGGAUGUGGUAUGCUUGACUGGUUGCUGGUGUAAGAAGUUGGGAGAGACAACCCUUCAGCUGAGCACACUUAUGAUCUUUCAUCGUUUACGUUCAAGCUCUUGCACCUCAUCUGACAGAGCCCGCUGGACAAAUACUGCGCAGUUGCUUUUCGCAACGAAUGGUGAUGGCAACAUUGGCAUCAAUGCCCUUCGCAACAACAGGACCUUGCUAUACAGAGCGUGCUACUUGGGACAGACUGAUACUGUAACUUCUCUCCUUGGAAGAAAUGCCGAUCUUUUGACCCACUCGCGAUCGGGAUAUGAGUUCUUACUACAUGCAGCUAUUGAGCUAGCGCACAAAGAUGUUAUCAGCAUCUUGUUACGUUACGGCAAAGUCGAGGAGCAGCUUCGACUUCAAAGAAAGUCUCCUGAAUUCAGGGGAAGCACAACACUGCAUGUUGCCUUUAGUAGCCUCCAAUCAUCGACGGGCAGACUGG